AUGGGUUUUCUCUACAUCUUAUGGUCAUGUAUGUGGAUUGGAAGAGAUGAUUUACACUUGAAGUUGAUUAGUUUGAUUGGUGCCAAAUACAAUGGUGCAGGCAUCUUCUUAUUUGAUCAUUCUGCUGGUCCAAGGAAACUUGAAGGUGGGUUCAGCCUUUGUGCCUCCUGGUUUGUUUUUGUGAAAGAACAACUCAUGGAUGAAGCUUGCAGUUCAAUAAGUCUCAUCAUGUUUGUUGUCUGCCAAACACCAUGGUCCAGCCCCUUGAUGACCAUUUUGCUGGCCUUGUCCAUCCUGGUUUGUUUCCAGCUACUAGGUUUUGUUGAAAGGAGCAAUACAUGGUUGACAUUUGCAGUUCGAUUACUUUGUCUGUGUAGGUUGUUUUGGUUCCAAAUACUAUGGUUCAAGCAUUUUGAUGACCAUUCUUCUCUGGUUUGUUGGGUUCCAAAAUACCAUGGUCCAGGCAUCUUGAUGGCUAUUUUUCUGGUUCAAGAAAGCUUGUACGUGGAUUGGGCCUUUGUCCUUCCUUGGUGGCUUUUCCAUGAAUCCUUUCUGUGA